AUGGGUACGGAAGAAGGAGGGCAUGGAAAGGGAACAAAGGUGGUCUCUUUGAUUGAGAAGGCCACCAAUUCCACUGCGCCGGAGGUCGACCCCCGCCUCCUCAAGGCCAUUAAAACGGUGGUUCGAUAUUCCGAUUCGGAGCUCCGCGUCGCAACCCUAACCCUCAUGGAUCUCAUGAAGCGCGACCACUCUCAGGUCCGGUACCUGGCGCUUCUAAUAAUUGAUGAACUCUUCAUGCGUUCAAAGCUUUUUAGGACCCUUGUUAUCGAGAACAUGGAUCAGUUGCUGAGUUUGAGUGUUGGAUUCAGGCGAAACGUGCCUCUUCCUGCUCCACCAGCUAUUGCUUCUAUUUUACGUUCGAAGGCCAUUGAAUUUUUGGAGAAGUGGAACGUCACGUUUGGGGUUCAUUACAGACAGCUCAGAUUGGGUUAUGAUUACCUGAAGAAUACACUCAGGCUCCAAUUUCCUAACAUACAAGCUAAUGUGGAGCGGGUUCAGCAGGAGAGAAGGGAAAGGGAGAGGAGGUCAAAGGAGAUUUUACUGAGCAAGUAUGAGUCUUUGAAAGAGAAUGCAUCUUCAAUAAAGGGAGGGAUUCUGUCUACGAUGGAUGAGAUUGAUGAGUGUUUGGAUAUUUUGCAUGCAAAACAGGAAUCUGUGUCUGAUGAUAUAUUGGACGACGACGAACUUGGUGACUUCCGUUCUUUGGAGCUGCAGCAGCUUCGUCUUGAAGCAUUAAAAGAAGGGGAGAAAGUAUAUGAGAACAGUGAUAACACAGUAGUUUUUGAUACAUUGAGGGAGCUAUACAAACUUCUAAUGACAAAGCACUUAAUUUCCAUCCAAGAGUGGAUUUCUGUUUUAGUAAGAGUUGAAGCAUCUGACAAUAGAUUCAGAGAUUCUACUUUAAAAGAGUUCAUUGAUAUCCGAAAUCGUCUAAAAUCAGUUAAAAGUAAAUGUGAAGAGGCUGGUUGUUCGCUUCUAAAUUCCUUAAAACAUGACGAGGAAGAUUUUUGGGAGGACGAUAAUGUUGUAUCUAUGGAAAUCUCAUCUGGCGCUGCCAAUAAUAAAAAUAAACAUCUUGAUGUGGCAUCAACUUCCCAUAAAAUGAAUAGUGAUAGUCUUGGUUGGCAAGAUAAAAGGUCUACUAGCUCUGAUACGGAUAGGCUGCUUCAUCAGGGACGUGAAGUUGAGUCAAACUCUCAGAGGAGUAAACUUAUAGCUGAAGCUCCUGUGGUACGAUGGAGUUCUUACUUGGAUAAUUGGGGUUCAAACAGGGUUUUUAUGGCUAACCAGCGGGGUUUGGAGCUUGAUAGUCACUGGGGUAGGGUGGAUGCUGAUGCAGUUAUUCCAGCAGAUAAAAUUGCCGAGUUGAAUGUUCACGCAAUGCCUUAUGAAGAAAAGAAAAUUGAGAUCCAACCAUGCCUGGCUCCUUUGAGGAAAGGAGGAUUAUGCCAGAGAAGAGAUAUGAAAGUUUGUCCAUUUCAUGGACCUAUCAUUCCUCGCGAUGACGAAGGGAGGCCACUCAAUCAGAGCACUUCAGAAGACAUGAAUGUGCAUUUAGGGUCUGAUUUAGUAGAGCAGUUAGCCAAACAAGCAGUGAAAAAUAUUCGUGUGAGAGACCAAGAGGGAGCAAAGAAGAGGGAAAUUGAUAAACAGUCGCUGAAACGUGCAAAACUAGCAAAAAUUCGGGAACACAAUGAAGCUGUAUUACGAGAUGCUGCUUUGGCUUCGACUUCAGGAUCAGCCAUGCUUGGAGAAGAUGGGGAUGUAACUAAUGAAGAUAAACUAUCUGCCAAAAACAAGAAGCAAAGUCUUGCUUCCAUGCUGCGAAAGAAAGUAACAUCAAAAGAUAGAAUAGCUCAGAAACUUUUGAGUUCGCAUGCAAGGGUUACUGCAGAUAGGCAGCAUGUGUCAGGUGAGGAUGCCAAGUAUAGAGAAGCCUUCCCAAAUCAAUGGUAA